AUGGAAGGAAAAACCAUUACCGUUCUCUUUUCCUUCAUUUUCCUUUCUCUCUCUACCACUUUCGCCAGCGAACUAGAAUACCAAACCCUAAUCCCACACCCUCUCCCCAAACCACAGUCACUCCCAACAUGGACCCAAGACUCUGAAACCCAUACCAUUCCAGAACAAGAACAAAUCACCGCCGAACCGUACUCAGAAACCACCGUUUCCCUACAGUUACACCACAUAGACUCUCUCUCCUCUUCCUCCUUGAACACCACCCCAGAUACCCUCUUCAACCUUAGACUCCGGCGCGACUACGUAAGAGUCAAAGCCCUGACCUCCCUUGUUGCCGUCAAAACCAACGCCGCCGGCGGUCACGUGCGCGCACGUGGUAGCGCAGACUUCAGCAGUUCUAUAAUCUCAGGUCUCACGCAAGGCAGCGGUGAGUACUUCACGCGGUUGGGCAUAGGAACCCCUCCGAAAUACGCCUACAUGGUCCUCGACACCGGAAGCGAUGUCGUUUGGAUCCAGUGCUCGCCGUGCCGGAAAUGCUACACACAGUCCGACCCGGUCUUCGACCCAACCAAAUCCUCCUCCUUCGUCGGAGUCUCCUGUGGCUCUCCACUGUGUCGGCGUCUCGAUUCCCCAGGUUGCAACAAUCGCCAGAUGUGUCUUUACCAAGUAUCCUAUGGUGAUGGGUCUUUCACAUUCGGUGAAUUUUCCACUGAAACACUAACGUUUCGAAGAACCAGAGUCAAUAAUGUGGCAAUUGGGUGUGGUCAUGACAACGAAGGCCUGUUCGUCGGAGCUGCUGGGUUAUUGGGUCUUGGCCGUGGAAAAUUAUCGUUUCCGACUCAGGCUGGUAACCGAUUCGGCCGGAAAUUUUCUUACUGUUUGGUGGAUCGGUCGGCUUCGUCUAAACCAUCUUCGAUUGUAUUCGGCAACUCUGCUGUUUCGAGAAACACUAUUUUCACUCCUUUGCUCACUAAUCCUAAACUCGACACGUUCUACUACGUGGGUCUUACCGGAAUUUCCGUCGGAGGUGUUCAAGUUCCGGGCAUUACCUCUUCACUGUUCAAGCUUGACGCCGCCGGGAAUGGCGGGGUUAUCAUUGAUUCUGGUACAUCGGUAACCCGUUUAACCCGGUCCGCUUAUUUGGCCAUGAGGGAUGCUUUUCGGGCCGGGGCUUUGAAUUUGAAACAAGGACCGGAGUUUUCGUUGUUUGACACUUGUUUUGACUUGUCCGGCAAAACGGAGGUGAAGGUUCCGACUGUAGUGUUGCAUUUUGCGGGUGCUGACGUGUCUCUGCCGGCGUCGAAUUAUUUGAUUCCCGUAGAUACUUCAGGGAGGUUUUGUUUUGCAUUUGCGGGUACAACAGGCGGGUUGUCGAUAAUUGGAAAUAUCCAGCAACAGGGGUUCCGGGUGGUGUACGAUUUGGCGGGUUCAAGGGUCGGGUUUGCUCCACGUGGGUGUGCCUGAUUUAAGAGGCGACUUGUUUGGCAGAAGGAAAAAUUCUUUCCUUUUUUUUUUUUUUUUCUCACCGUUUCUCACAGCUAGAUCCAAAUUUCCUGUGGGGGAGAAACAAGUUAGUAAGGAAGGUUGUUGAGGUGUUGUUUGUUGUAUUAUCUGCUAAAUUAUUAAUCUAAUACAUAACAGGUCAGGGGCAAGAUGGCCAAUUUCAAGUUUAAUGUUUCAAUUUGGUUUGUAGUUGGUGUUUGAUGGGAUCAUUCAUGUAGAUGGAUGUGUCUUGUAUAGG